AUAUAGAGGUUGCCAAGAGGAGUCCUGGUGUUUGUGUGAGUAGACUUGGUCCACAAUUCCCACUAUCAUCUAACCCCCAAUGGAAGCAUAAGUAACAUUAUGGGAUCAAAUGCAAGUUAGGCGGUUGUGGGUCAUACAGUUUUUGUUCUUCACACAAACACAACCCCCAAUUUCACACUUCAUUGAUCAUUCCCCCACAUUCAAACCCUAGUGGGUUCUUACUCAAAUGCUGCUGAUCUUCACUUUGAUUUAAGGGGUUUUGACUUUGUUUCUUGAUCAUGGCUAGGCGACAUGGAUGGGAACUUCCUGCUCAUACUUUUCAGGUUGUGGCUAUUACCGUAUACUUCUUACUGUCGGUUGCCUUCUAUACAUUUUUCUCGCCGUUUCUUGGAAAGGAUAUCUAUGAACAUGUAGCCAUCGGUGUCUAUUCCUUCUUGGCUCUCUGUGUAUUCAUUCUUUAUGUAAGAUGCACUGCUAUUGAUCCCGCUGAUCCUGGAAUUUUAAUUGAACCAGACCGCGCUUCACCUCAUAGAUCACAUCAUAGUAAAGAAAUUCCUGGAAAUGGAUCUUCUGUUGGAGAGCCGAGCAAAACAGAAUUUCAAAAUGGUGGAAUAUAUGAUAAUAAUAGUUCCGGUUGCUGUUCGAAAAUUGGAGGAUUAUUUUGUGGUUGUAUCGUUAAAGAGGAUUGUAGAAAUGAUGAAGACGUGCAACAAGGAUGGGAGGAAGAAGCUCUAUUUUGUACAUUGUGCAAUGCAGAGGUGCGAAAGUUUAGCAAACACUGCAGAAGUUGUGAUAAAUGCGUUGAUGGGUUUGAUCAUCAUUGUCGGUGGUUGAACAAUUGUGUGGGGAGGAAAAAUUACUUUACAUUUGUGUGCCUGAUGGCUGUAAGUCUUGUUUGGCUUACUUUUGAAUGUGGAGUCGGGAUUGCUGUUCUUGUUCGAUGUUUUGCUGAUAAAAAAGCUACAGAGAAUCAGAUUGCUGAUAGACUUGGAGAUGGAUUUAGUAGACCACCAUUUGCAACGGUCGUGGCGAUAUGUACGGCUGUUUCUCUUCUGGCCACCAUUCCACUUGGAGAACUCUUGUUCUUUCACAUAAUCCUCAUACGGAAGGGGAUUACUACAUAUGAGUAUGUAGUUGCAAUGAGGACCCAAAGUGAACCACCAGGCCCAUCAAUAGAUGGGUUGGAUCAACAAAGCCUGCAGUCUUCACCCACAAGCUCCGCUGUCACUGCAAUGAGCGGUCGAAGUUCGCACGGCCUUGGAUUGAGUUUGCAACACAAAGGUGCUUGGUGCACCCCUCCUCGAAUCUUCAUGGAUCAACAGGAUGAGGUCAUCCCUCAUCUAGAGCCCGGGCGGCUACCAUCUACAAUUGAUCCGGAUGCAGUCCAACCAUCCGACAAGGGUAAAAGGUUACCACAACGCCCCGUGAGAAUUAGUGCAUGGAAGCUUGCAAAGCUAGAUUCAAAUGAAGCAAUAAAAGCAGGUGCAAAGGCCCGGGCCUCAUCCUCUGUUCUUCGCCCAUUGGGUUCCAAACACAACCCAAACGAUCCUGACCGUUUAUCCAGUAGCAACUUGAGCAUAAUAAGCAGCACAAAUAGUACAAAUCAUUACAAAAGAAGUCGCUCCAAAAACUCGUAUCCACCUAGUCGAGCCAGCCGUGAAGAUACCGAAACUUGCAAUCACAGUGUUAGUAACAUGAGUAGCCCGGGCCCAGGCUCGUUACAGGGUAGAGAACAUUUUAACCCCAUGUACCAACCCUCAGCGAAUCAAUCUCCAAGGUCGGGAAACAACGAGCCGAUAACGGUCCAACAAGUGGCAGUACCGGGACCAAGGAGAAACAACAUGGGUGUUGGUGAGAGUACAAGAUCUUCCUCUGUGUAUUGGGAUCAAGAAGCGGGUCGGUUUGUAUCCGCUUCGACAAGAAGUGUGGGUGGUGGGUCGUCUUCUCAGGCUUCGGGUACAGACUUGAGUUAUACGGGUCAGUCGAUAUUCUUUGGUGGGCCCCUUGUUGGUGGUGGUCAAAGGGGGUCAACGGGUGUGAGUUAUUAUCAGCAAGGGAGAGCACAGAGAGGUGGGCAGUUACCUGUGUUUGUUCCAAGUGACCAAAACCAGAAUAAUCCUAGAUUAUGAUGAUGAGACAUUAAGACCCUUUUGUUUAAUCUGUUUUCUUAAUCUUAUUUUUAGCAAAUUUUGUACUUUUUCUUAAAUUAUCUUGUGCAGCUGAAGUUUAGAUUGUAAGUUUCUUCACCUGACUA